AUGGGGGCCCUAGCCCAGGAGAUAGCGGGGGCAUUGAGGGAGUCCAUGAACAUACUGAGGGUGGAGAUCCAAGUGAGGGAGAAUGUCGCCGAGACUAGAGCUAGCUUCCUCACGAUGGAGUUUUUAAGGACCAAGCCGGAUGAAUUCCAUGGCGGUCCUGAUCCAAAGAAAGCGGACGAAUGGUUGGAACAAACUGUGAAGACCUUCGAAAUGCUUCACAUAGAUGAUGGCGAGUUGAGGGUGACCCUUGCUAGUUAUUACCUUAAAGCCUUUUCUAGUUUGUCCCGAUUUGCACCGAAGUUGGUAGCGACGGAGGAACGCCGUUGCUUUGAGUUUGAGCAGAGGUUGAGGACAAAGAUUUUGUUCAAGGUUGCCGGGAACAUGAUCCAAGAGUAUGAUCGCCUUGUGGAGGCGGCUGCACAUGUGGAGAUUACGGUGGAGGCCAAGGAGGAGAGACUUCGAAAUUUGAGGUCUAGGGGCCAUGGAUUGCAGGGAGAUUAUAGGCCCAAUAAAAAGAGUAAGAGUGUCUUUUUAUCCCAGCCUCAGCAGCAACAGUGUAGAUCCAUAGUUCCCUUGCCUAGUACGGGCUCGGGAAGGAGUGCACCGAGUGAGGUUUCUUACUUCAAAUGUGGCCAGCCGGGUCACAAGGCCUUUACAUGUCCGCAGAAAGGGGAAGGACAGCAGAUGUUGCCACCACCAACGCCUAACCGAUCCCAGAGCCAGUCUCAGUCUCAGAGGUUAGAAGUGGUACAAUUAGCGUCUCCGCUCAGAGUUGAUUCACCGGUUGGGGGUACAGUUGACCUAGAUCGGGGAUGUCAUGAUUAUGAGAUAGAGGUUGUCGGGCAUAGGCUCCCAUCUGCUUUUGUGUUGUUAGACAUGUCCAGUUUCGAUGUUAUUCUAGGCAUGGAUUGGUUGUCAUUGUAUCGGGCUGUGAUUGAUUGUUUUCGGCAAAGAGUCACAGUGUGCACUUCGGGUGGCGAUUGUUUUUAUUUUUUGGGGGAUAGGGUUUAUCGGGUUUUAUCACCGGUGUUUGAUCCUCGUAGUAGGAACGAGCUUACCGACUUUCUAGCUACUCUCUUGGAUGGUGAGAGUGUCGGAACUCGAGUUGAGUUGCCAAGGGUAGUGUGUGAAUACUUGGAGGUGUUUCCCGAUGACCUUACCAGUUUGCCACCCCACCUGGAGAUUAAGUUCACUAUCGACUUAGUGCCUGGAACGGCACCCAUUUCUAUGGCGCUUUGGGUGAAUCAAGAAGGAGGUGCGACCUUGUUUAGCUUGAGUGCACAACCUGUCUUGAUUAGCAAAGUCAUAGAGGCACAACAAGGAGACCAGGAAGUGGAGUUAAUCCGGGAUAGAAUCACCAAUGGAUAG